UGACGAAGUUCCCAUACCUAUUGGUGAUGGCAUCAAUGAUGCAUUAGGUGAUCCACCAAACAAAAUCUUGCAUCAAUAUGACACUGGGGCCUGGUCAUAUACGUUGGACGUGCAGUCGGGAAGCGUGGUGGGGACGGGUUUCGAGCCGGUUCUGCCAAGCCGCCCUCUUGGCGCGAGGGUCUUCCAGGCCGGCUGGGAGAACCCGGCAGUCCUGUGCAUAGUCCUGGUAUCAGAUCCUAGACACAGCCCUCUCACAGGCCUCCUGGCUCCUCCUGGCCCCUUAGUCUUCGUCAUAUGUGGGAACCUCAGUAGUAUGCAAAUCGAACGUGGUCAAGAUCCAGAAUCCUCGGAGAUAAUUGCCUCGUCUACACACCUUCGCCUGCACCACAGAAUCAAAAUUUUGACAGAUAUCGUGAAGAUUCAGUUCACCUACCUCGCCAUCUAUGCCGCUGCCGCUGGGGUGAAGGCAGCUCCUAGCAAUACCGAUGAAGGACGUCACGGAAAGGUCUGCUUAGGGCAUGCCGCGAUAGUCCGUUUAGCUGCCCGGACGGGUGGAGACCCUUCGAUUACUCUACCUCUACCGUAG